AUGUCGAUUUUUCGCAACACUAGAAAGAUUGAACUAGUAGGUCUUGAUAAGGUAAAUUACCUAUUUACUUUAUCCACUGCAUCGUUAAUGUUGUUGGAAAAUUUGAGAAUUGAUGCAUGUUCCGGACUGAAGCAUAUAAUAGACUUUGGAGAUGACUGUGAUGGAAGGAACAGCGAUGUUAUAUUUCCAAACUUAAAGGCUUUCUCAGUGUACAAUUGUGGCCAAUUGGAAUAUAUGUUUGAUCAAUAUCUUCUGCAUCAUCAAAAGUAUACGAAGAUUCAUAUUGAUUUUCCAGCUUUGGAAACACUUCGUCUUUACGAGCUACCAAUUUUCAUCAGCAUUUGCCGCCAAAAUUCGUUGUCCGUGACUUUGCCAUCUUUGAAAGAGUUGUAUGUGAAUGGAUGUCCCCUGUUUGCACUAACAUCUCUCAAUGAUUUAAUGGUUGAUUCAGAUACAAGACAAUUGGAUCACGAAAAAGCAAAGGCAUCAAGCUCAGAAUGUGUUCAGACUUCUGAGAUUGCUCGGUCUCUUUCGAGGCAUUCGCAAUGCUUGCUCAAUAUUAGAUACAUGGAACUAAAGAAUUGUCCAAAAGUGAUAUCAUUUUUCACUUUUUCUAUUACUUCAACAAUGUUGCUGGAGAGUUUGAGGAUUGAUUCAUGUGAUGGAUUGAAGCACUUGGAAUAUGUGAUUGGACCAAACCAUCACGAGGAUGAUGGUCGCAAUCUAGAAUUUCACACGGAUUUCCCAGUUUUGGAAGAACUUACCCUCAUAAGACUAUCAAAAAUUAUCAACAUCUGUCCCACAAGCUAUGUUGUCUCGUUGCCAUCUUUAAAGAAAUUUGAGUUGGAUACAUGUCCCCAAUAUAACUCUGUUACUGAUUCGAUGAUGUCUUUGUAUUCAAGACAGCUCCAUAGCACAACCAACAAGGCAUCAAGCUCAGAAUGUGUUCAGACUUCUGAGAUUGCUCGGUCUCUUUCGAGGCAUUCACAACGCUUGCUCAAUAUUAGAUACAUGGAACUAAAGAAUUGUCCAAAAGUGAUAUCAUUGUUCACUUUUUCUAUUACUUCAACAAUGUUGCUGGAGAGUUUGAGGAUUGAUUCAUGUGAUGGAUUGAAGCACGUAAUAACAAGCAUGAGACAUGAUGAAGAUCGCAAGAAUUGCAACUCAAUCUUCCCAAAAUUAAAAGAAAUUUCUAUCCGGGGAUGUGACCAGUUGGAAUAUGUGAUUGGACCAAACCAUCACGAGGAUGAUGGUCGCAAUCUAGAAUUUCACACGGAUUUCCCAGCUUUGGAAGAACUUACCCUCAUAAGACUAUCAAAAAUUAUCAACAUCUGUCCCACAAGCUAUGUUGUCUCGUUGCCAUCUUUAAAGAAAUUUGAGUUGGAUACAUGUCCCCAAUAUAACUCUGUUACUGAUUCGAUGAUGUCUUUAUAUUCAAGACAGCUCCAUAGCACAACCAACAAGGCAUCAAGCUCAGAAUGUGUUCAGACUUCUGAGAUUGCUCGGUCUCUUUCGAGGCAUUCACAACGCUUGCUCAAUAUUAGAUACAUGGAACUAAAGAAUUGUCCAAAAGUGAUAUCAUUGUUCACUUUUUCUAUUACUUCAACAAUGUUGCUGGAGAGUUUGAGGAUUGAUUCAUGUGAUGGAUUGAAGCACGUAAUAACAAGCAUGAGACAUGAUGAAGAUCGCAAGAAUUGCAACUCAAUCUUCCCAAAAUUAAAAGAAAUUUCUAUCCGGGGAUGUGACCAGUUGGAAUAUGUGAUUGGACCAAACCAUCACGAGGAUGAUGGUCGCAAUCUAGAAUUUCACACGGAUUUCCCAGCUUUGGAAGAACUUACCCUCGUAAGACUAUCAAAAAUUAUCAACAUCUGUCCCACAAGCUAUGUUGUCUCGUUGCCAUCUUUAAAGAAAUUUGAGUUGGAUACAUGUCCCCAAUAUAACUCUGUUACUGAUUCGAUGAUGUCUUUGUAUUCAAGACAGCUCCAUAGCACAACCAACAAGCCAUCAAGCUCAGAAUGUGUUCAGACUUCUGAGAUUGCUCGGUCUCUUUCGAGGCAUUCACAACGCUUGCUCAAUAUUAGAUACAUGGAACUAAAGAAUUGUCCAAAAGUGAUAUCAUUGUUCACUUUUUCUAUUACUUCAACAAUGUUGCUGGAGAGUUUGAGGAUUGAUUCAUGUGAUGGAUUGAAGCACGUAAUAACAAGCAUGAGACAUGAUGAAGAUCGCAAGAAUUGCACCUCAAUCUUCCCAAAAUUAAAAGAAAUUUCUAUCCGGGGAUGUGACCAGUUGGAAUAUGUGAUUGGACCAAACCAUCACGAGGAUGAUGGUCGCAAUCUAGAAUUUCACACGGAUUUCCCAGCUUUGGAAGAACUUACCCUCAUAAGACUAUCAAAAAUUAUCAACAUCUGUCCCACAAGCUAUGUUGUCUCGUUGCCAUCUUUAAAGAAAUUUGAGUUGGAUACAUGUCCCCAAUAUAACUCUGUUACUGAUUCGAUGAUGUCUUUGUAUUCAAGACAGCUCCAUAGCACAACCAACAAGGCAUCAAGCUCAGAAUGUGUUCAGACUUCUGAGAUUGCUCGGUCUCUUUCGAGGCAUUCACAACGCUUGCUCAAUAUUAGAUACAUGGAACUAAAGAAUUGUCCAAAAGUGAUAUCAUUGUUCACUUUUUCUAUUACUUCAACAAUGUUGCUGGAGAGUUUGAGGAUUGAUUCAUGUGAUGGAUUGAAGCACGUAAUAACAAGCAUGAGACAUGAUGAAGAUCGCAAGAAUUGCAACUCAAUCUUCCCAAAAUUAAAAGAAAUUUCUAUCCGGGGAUGUGACCAGUUGGAAUAUGUGAUUGGACCAAACCAUCACGAGGAUGAUGGUCGCAAUCUAGAAUUUCACACGGAUUUCCCAGCUUUGGAAGAACUUACCCUCAUAAGACUAUCAAAAAUUAUCAACAUCUGUCCCACAAGCUAUGUUGUCUCGUUGCCAUCUUUAAAGAAAUUUGAGUUGGAUACAUGUCCCCAAUAUAACUCUGUUACUGAUUCGAUGAUGUCUUUGUAUUCAAGACAGCUCCAUAGCACAACCAACAAGCCAUCAAGCUCAGAAUGUGUUCAGACUUCUGAGAUUGCUCGGUCUCUUUCGAGGCAUUCACAACGCUUGCUCAAUAUUUUGUCCAAAAGUGAUAUCAUUGUUCACUUUUUCUAUUACUUCAACAAUGUUGCUGGAGAGUUUGAGGAUUGA